AUGCAUUACGAUUAUUCAUUGCCACUAGCCUGUGCCCUCUGUGAGGGUGGUGUCGUUUUAACGUUUUGUUCAAUAUACAUCAAUUUGCUGGCGCUGCUCCGAAGAACAAGUUGUAAUACCUGCUCAAGACGAAGAAGAAUGCUCACCUACGAUGAGUACAGUGCCCAACUGCGUCGUCUAUGCGACUCUGCUCUCAAAAACAGCGAUCUCGUCACCAGCAUUCAGCCUUCGCUGGCAGAUGGUGCAGUUUUGUUCCGAACGGCGCUACCAUCGUCAAUUGCCUAUAGCACUCUCUUGUGUUGUAUUGAAUUCAAGAUCUGCUACUCGCACGCCUACCAGGAGCCGCGGCUGCUAUUCAGGCUCUGGCGAAGGGCUGCAUCUCAAGAGGAGGGAAUUGACUUUCUUGCUCCCUGGUUCCCGACGGAUGUUGCACAGGUGCUGGGCAUAGAUCGCGGUUUUACGGUCAGUUUAGAUGCUCUCUUCUCGAACUCGUCGCGCUCCCAGGAAACCUGGUUCGCGUUCCAUCCGUGCGACACCGCUGAGAUCGUUGGAGACAAGCUAGACUUCAAGGACGACUAUCUGAGCAGAUGGCUAAGCAUCUUUUUGUUCAGCUGGUUGGCGAAGAGUUAA